ACGUUGAUUACCGUGUACCUGGGUUUUUUGAUUUUAUACAAAAAAAAACUGUACACAUUCAGAACAGACAUCAUUAAUGUCAAAAAGUAAAAAUGUGAACCAAAGUUAUAUUAUAAUAGUGAGAUGCUGCAAAUAAUGGUCCCAGUUAUAAAUAGAGUGUAAAAUAGUUGUUAAAGGUCAAUAAUCUCAUGGAAUAAUACUUGAAAAUUUACUCCAUUAAAUUCAGGAAAGCAUGGGAGAAAAAGAGCAUCACGUGCAUUUCAGUGGCGGAAGUGGUCUCGGCUUUAACAAUAUAAUGAUACAACCACAACGUCAUGGUCACUUAGAAGCACAUCUUGGCUUUCUUCAACGUCACCACCGGUAUCACAUUGAAUUUUCUGUACCAUGGAAUCGUUGCAUCCAUGGAGAUAAUAAAACAGAAGUGCCAGCAAUAGUUGUUGAUAACACUAACCCAAAUUGUAGGGUAAACGAUGUACAUCAGGAGAGAGAUGAUCUAAGAAUAAAAUUAGAAUUACUAGCCUAUCAGGAAUUUCUUAAAGAAAGAAUUCAAUUAAAAUGUUGUGAAUCUGGUACUUCUCUCAAUAUCACCCUUAAAGCAAGAGUAUUGAGUAAAGACAAAGGAACGCCAGUAUUGCGAAAUGGAAUUCGGAGUAUUCGCGUUGAAGCUGAUGACGAGGAUGAUGUCUCUGAAUGAAAAUAAUGUCAAAUAUAAAUGUGAGAAUUAUAAAAAAAACCACCAAGUGCUGAAAUAUUGUUUUGAUAUGUAAUUUAAGAUGAAGAAAAUAAUCAAAGUAAGGAAA